AUGAGUUUUAAAAUAAAAAGGAUUUCAUUUUAUUAUUGUUAUUUGCAUUCUUGUUCACUUUUUUCUUCACUGUCUUCUCUUCUACUUUUUCUUUUUUUCCUUUUUUUUCUGUUCUUUCUCUAUUUUUUCUUUCUUGUUCAUUCUUCAUUAUCUUCUUUAACUUUCACCUCCUCCCUUUUUUCCUCCAUUUGUUUUAUUCUUUUCCUUUCCUUUUCUUUUGCACCUCACUCUUUGAUGCAAUUUCUCCUUUCUCAUACUCUACUUCUCAUCCUUUCUCUCUGUCAGUUUCUCACCCCAACCUCUCUCUUUUCUUAUAAAAUUCUUUCUGUUUCAUAUCAUCUUUUCAUGUUUUUUCUUUUUUCACUAUUCAUUUUCUCCACUCUCUUUCUCUUAUAUUCCUCUCUCUAUAUAUCCAUACUGUAUAUUUUCUUUACUAUUUUCCUUUUCAUUCCCUUUAAUUUAUUCCUCCAACAUUACUUUCUUUACAUUUAUUUCCUCUUAUUUUUUCUUUCUUUUGUUCAAUCCUCAUGUUCUUUCUGCAUCUUUUUCUUCAUUUUUUAUUUUUAUCUCCUUCCCAUGCUUUUUCUCAUUCAACUUUCCACUUACACCUUUUACCUUAUACAUUAUUCUCUCUAUUUUUCUUUAUUUCUCCAAAUCUUGCAUGUUUUCUAUCCCCUCUUUUUUUCUUUUUCUUCCCAUUUAAUGCUUUCUUCUUUUGCUUCUUUUUCCCAAUCUUUACUUAAUUUCCCCUGA